GCCGCCGCCCAGCACAGGCACCGGCACCUGGCGGCGCGCUUCGCUUCUCUUCCCGAGUGCGCUGCUCCGCCGCGCUCUCGCUGUCCUCCGGGCCCAGCCCGGAUCCCAUCUGUACGGCGGGGGCCUCCGCGAGAGACGGCUCCACUGGCUGCCAGCCAUGGACGGGGACAGGGUGGAGAUAGACGGCGGCAUCAUGGAGGGGGGCGGGCAGAUCCUACGAGUGUCCACGGCGCUGAGCUGCCUGCUGGGCCUGCCGCUGAGGGUGCGCCGCAUCCGCGCCGGGAGGAGCCAGCCCGGCCUCAGGCCUCAGCAUCUGUCUGGAUUGGAGAUUGUUCGAGAUUUAUGUGAAGGGAACCUGGAGGGUGGAGAAAUUGGCUCAACAGAAAUAACUUUCACUCCUGGGAAGAUCAAAGGUGGAACCCACAUAGCAGAUACCAAAACAGCAGGGAGUGUGUGUCUGCUGAUGCAGGUAGCAAUGCCCUGUGUGCUGUUUGCUGCUUCCCCAUCAGAACUGCAUUUUAAAGGUGGGACAAAUGCUGAGAUGGCUCCUCAGAUAGACUACACAGUCAUGGUUUUCAAGCCAAUAGUUGAAAAGUUUAAUUUCACAUUUAACUGUGAUAUAAAAAAGAGGGGCUACUAUCCUCAGGGAGGUGGUGAAGUUAUAGUCCGGAUGUCACCAGUCAAAGAGUUAAGUCCAAUAGACUUAACAGAACGUGGUGCCGUGACAAAGAUAUAUGGAAGAGCAUUUGUUGCUGGAGCACUGCCUAUAAAACUGGCAAAAGAUAUGUCAGCAGCAGCAGUGAGAUGCAUCAGAAAAGAAAUCAGAGAUCUUUACAUUAACAUUCAGACUGUUCGAGAACCUGAUGAUCAAGCCUUUGGGACUGGAAGUGGAAUAAUCAUUGUUGCAGAGACUUCAACAGGUUGUUUGUUAGCUGGGUCGUCACUUGGCAGGAGAGGAAAAAAUUCUGACAGGGUUGGCAUUGAAGCAGCCGAGAUACUGCUUAAGAAUCUUAAACAUGGUGGAGCUGUUGAUGAUUCUUUACAAGACCAACUGAUCAUUUUUAUGGCAUUAGCAAAGGGAGUGUCUAGAGUGAAAAGUGGACCAGUUACUCUUCAUACUCAAACUGCAAUACACUUUGCAGAGCAGCUAACAAAGGCCAAAUUUACUGUGACAAAAUCAGAAGAGGAAGAUCCCAGUAAAGAUACCUACAUAAUUGAAUGCCAAGGAAUGGGUAUGAUAAACUCAAACUUAUAGAGUUUAAAAGAAACAGCAAGAAAAAAAAAGGAAGAUUCAAAAGCAAAAUAAAAUCAACAUACCUCAGCGAUGCAUUGCACUAUAUUUCAAUGGACAUAUAACAUAUAUGUGAACAGUAGGAUCCUUCUGUCACAUCCAAUCAAUUUGACUUAACUUCAAGGAUGAUAGCAAGUUUUCCCUUGCUGUGCUGAGCAAAUCUGUGGUGUGAAAAAUGGAAACUUCUUUUUUUCCUAUUAUCAAUGAAAUGAGUACAGACAGGACAGCAAACAGAGUACAGUGUAUGUAUUUGGGCAGCUGAGUGCAUCACUUAAAAACUUUAAGAAUUCAGUUUCACCAAAAUAGAGAAUAACUAUUUCAGUUUUGAGGAAAUACAUAGCUGAUGUAUCUUUCCCCCUUUAAAAUAUAUAUAUUUUAUUAUUUUGGAUCCUUUCUGUUGGGUAUGUGGAAUAAGGGGCACUAUCAAAUCUGUAUCUCUGUUCUCAACUAUUUUGCUUAAAUUGUGUAUGAGGAAAUAAAUCAGUAGCAGCAUAUGAAAA